AUGAUUGCGCUGCAAAGCGCGCCUCGUGGGCCGCUCUCUUUGGGCGAACCUGUCCGACUGUGCCGUCCUCGAUAUCGCGAAGAAGUUCUUCUAGGAACGGCCUGUAAGUCGGGCGAUCGACUACUCAGUCGACGUCGCUUGGAUUUCUUUGCUCACCGCCUUAAGUGCAAACUCGAGGAUGAUGAUUCGCUCUCGCUGGACAAGGUCGCAGCCCUACCUCAGGGGGAGCGCCAACUGCUCGACCACUGGCUCAAUCGAUAUGAGCCCAUGCUCGACCGUCAACGGGUUAUUGAGCGGGAGCCGCUGCUCGACCAAGCCCGUGCAGAGAGGGCCAUCGCUCGCUCUGUGCACAACAUGCGUGGUAGAUCGAUCAUUCACGACGGUAACGUGAGGCCAUUUCUUCUGGGUGACCAGGAGGUUGGUGAACACCGCGCUCACGUCAAAGUCACUGCGACGUUUGACUGA